AUGACUGAAAGUUCUGUAAUCAAGUAUUUGGAAUAGUAUGUGUUAUUUAACAACAUGUAAGUUGCAUCAAAAGGUACAGUAUUUAGAGGAUGUUUAUUAACUAAUACAACAGAAUGUUUAGCAAUCAAAUAAUGCGAAUUACAUGUAAAUUUUCAAUUAAAAUAAUAAGUCUGAAUCUGAAAGUUUGAAAAUCUUAGAUCUCAUCAAAAUGGAAUUGAAGAAAUUAAAGAAUAUCAAACAUCCUAAUUUGGUUAAAAUAUAUGAUGUUAUCAAAAAUCACAAUAUGUUAUAUUUCAUUCAAAUAUAUUGUGAAGAUGGUAGUUUACAAGAUUAUUUAACUCUAAGAAAAGAGAAACCCUUAAGUGAAGUACUUUAUGUGUUCAUAAAUUAAGCAUGAGUCAAUACAAUUCAUGUAGCAUAUUAUAGAAGGAUAUAAAGAGUUAAAUAAAGCUAACAUCAUUCAUAAUAAUUUAAAACCAUCCAAUAUCUUAUUACAUAAAGGAGUGGCUAAAAUCUCUGAUCCUUAUUAUGCAGGAAUUCUAUAAUAAGAAUUUAUGAAAGGAGUUGCCAUUUAAGACUUAAAUACCUUAAGGAAUGUUCCAUUUCCAAGUUAUUUGGCUCCUGAGAUUCUGCAUGGAUAACCAUUUACUAAUAAAUGUGAUAUUUGGUCAUUGGGCUUAAUAUUUUAUUAAAUGCUUUAUGGAGUAUUUCCUUGGUAGGCAUAUUCUAUCCAUGAAUGGUUGGAAAAUGUUAGUAAAUUCGUACGUACUUAUCUCUCUUAGUUAGCCAUUGCAAUUUCCUCCUAGACCAAUUAGAAAAUAGACUCUUAAAGAUCUCAUAACAAGAAUGCUUACUUUUUCAUAAGAAGACAGAAUCUCAUUUGAGGAUUUGAUUCAAGAUCCUAUAUUAAUUAUCAAAUAGGAAGAAGAAUAAAUUGAUUUUUAAGGUUCAUCAGAUAAAGGUAUUAUUUUAUCUUAAAUAAGAUGAAUUUUUAUAUGUUUUAAAAGCAAACAGUAUUUUACUAGAGAAAAAUUUAGUUAUCAGAUAUCUAAUGAAAGAGCAAAUAGUAUUAACUUUAGAGGAAACUUAAUAUCAAUCAAGUGAUGUGGAAGCAAGAAUAUAAUAAUGUUUAUUUGAAAAAGAACCUGAUAUCAAUGUAAUAAUAAAAUAUUAUAGAAAGGUUGAAAGAAUGUAUAUUAAAUAUAAGAAUGAUAAGAAGAAGAAAGAUGUUUUUUACAAAUAUUAUUAAUAUUUUAUUUUUGAAAGAAAUAUUGCCUUUUUUUAUAAUUUUCUUGUUUAAAAGAUAGUUAAAUUGUAAGUAGAUUGGCAAAUAUAAUUAUCAAUAGAUUUUUAUCAUAGAUUGAUUUAUUUAAUAGCUAAAUAUUAAAUGAUUGUAUUAACAAGAAUUAGUAAUUAACUUCAAGCAAAUGGUAAUCACAAUUUUGAUCAAGAUCUUUGGGGAAGAUUUCAAAAAUCUUAAGUAUUUAAGAUUGUGUAUAAAACAUUAGUAAUUUGAAUUAUUGGUAGCGUAAAUAGAAUAAGAUGGUCUUAAUUCUUUAGAUUUCUUUAAUUCGAUUACAAAAAGAUGUUAGUAAAUUUUACAAGAGGAAUUUGAGAAUAAUAAAAAUAAUUAAUUAGUAGUUGGAAUGAUAAAGAAUUUUUAUGCAGUUUUGAAUGAGAAUUUUGAAGCUAAUGAAAUAUUUAAUGUACUCUAUAGAGAAAGUAUUAUGGAAUGUCUUAAGAUUGUUAAAAAUUUAGCUAGUAAAUAAUUAGAUAUCAAUCAAUUAAAUUAUUAUCUAUUAAUUGCACUUAAUCCAUAUGAUGAAUUUAAAGAUAUCAAUUAUGAUUUUAAUAUAUUUUAUGAAGAUUCAGAGAAUUAUUCAAUUUAAGAGUUAUAAGAAAAAUUAGCAAAGAAAAAUAAUAAAUGA